CGCACCGUGCCUGGCAGGCUUCAGAUCCAACAACACCGACAAUGAUGCGUGUGGAAGAUGGUCGAAAAAUGAACUGUCUGCAAUAAAAACAGACACCUGAGGUGAGCGGUGGAGGGAGGGGACUCACUGGGAAUCGUUUCGCUUCACACAUUGAUCCUUUCCUCUCGUUUUGGAGACAGAAAAGCAGAAACAAAAAAGGCAUUUCGCAAGCUGUUUUGCAUGCAGCCGACAGGGCGCAUGAAGUCUGGGAUAUAUGUUUCCACCCUGUCCGGCUCGUCCAGCGACCAUGCAAUGUGCACACUGUUGGUGUUGAUCUGACUGAGAUGUGGGCUCGUCUCUCUGACAGAGGAGCGCCCCUGUUAAGCAAUAUCCAAUAUUUAUUUCUCUGCAAGAUGUUUUGAGCGCCAAGAGGGCUGAGAGCGGCUUGGUAUCGUCUGGAGAGGGGGUGGGAAGGGGGGUUUCUUCACUGCGCAGACCGUCUCUGCGUCUGAUCCACAACACAACAGACAGUUCAAGAGGAAGAGAGAGAGAGAGAGAGAGGAGAAGGCGGAGGAGAAGGUCUGGACUGAAAAUCUGGAAAUAUACAGCGUUAAAAUGACGAUGUCCGUCCCGGAGAGGAAAUCAGGAUCGGAGGGGAAGGAAGAGGAGAGCGAGGAUGAGAGUGAAAUCUUGGAGGAGAGCCCGUGUGGCCGCUGGCAGAAACGGAAAGAGCAGGUGAGCCAAGGUAAUGUCCCAGGUGUGGAAAGUGCAUCUCUGGCCAUGGACACAGAGGAGGGUGUGGAGGUGGUUUGGAACGAGGUGCUCUUCUCCGAUAAGAAGGUCUUCAAAGCACAGGAGGAGAAGAUCAAGGAGAUGUUUGAGAACCUGAUGCAGGUCGAACACCCCAACAUUGUCAAGUUUCACAAGUACUGGCUGGACAUGAAGGAGAGUCAGGCACGGGUCAUAUUCAUCACAGAAUACAUGUCCUCGGGCAGCCUCAAGCAGUUUUUGAAGAAAACUAAGAAGAACCACAAGACCAUGAAUGUGAAGGCCUGGAAGAGAUGGUGCACCCAGAUUCUCUCUGCCCUCAGUUAUCUGCACUCUUGCGACCCGCCUAUAAUCCACGGCAACCUGACGUGCGACACCAUCUUCAUUCAGCACAACGGCCUCAUCAAGAUCGGCUCAGUGUGGCAUCGGCUUUUUGUUAAUGUGUUUCCAGACGCCAGUGUCCACGGGAAAGCGAGGCAACAUCGCGAUGAGCAGAGGAAUCUUCAUUUUUUUGCUCCAGAAUAUGGAGCUGGCGAGGAUGAUUAUGCCAUAGACAUUUUCUCCUUUGGCAUCUGUGCUCUAGAGAUGGCAGUGCUGGAGAUCCAGGCCAAUGGAGAUACUGCUGUGUCCAAGGAGGCCAUCGUCAAUGCAGGUCAAUCUCUGGAAGACCCUCUCAUGAGAGAGUUCACCCAGUCUUGUUUGCGUCACGAAGCCAAGAUCCGUCCCACGGCUCACGACCUUCUGUUCCACCGAGUCUUGUUCGAGGUCCACUCCCUCAAACUGCUCGCCGCCCACUGCCUCAUCAACAACCAGUACUUACUUCCAGAAAACUGUGUGGAGGAAAAAACCAAGUCCUUCGACCCCAACGCUGUCAUGGCAGAGAUUAAACAUGAAGACAGACAGGGAGUUCAGCUCAAAUAUUCCCAUGUGUCCCCUUUGGAACUUGACAAGUUCCUGGAGGAUGUCAAGAAUGGGAUUUACCCCUUGAUGAACUUCGCCUCGACUCGGCCUCACCCCGUCCCCCGAGCCCUCUCCUUGUCUCAGGAGCAGGUUGAGACAGUCAAGACGCCAACUCCUGAACCUCAGGAGACGGAAACCAGGAAGGUUGUCCAGAUGCACUGUAAUUUGGAGUCAAAUGAAGAAGGGACCAAAACUCAUGUGAGUCACAUAGUAUUACAGCUUUCUUUGUUUCUGAAGAUGGAUGACAAACUUCAUAGGCAACUUAGCUGUGACAUCCUUCUAACUGACACGUCCAAAGACCUUGCCAGUGAACUUGUUCACUACGCCUUCAUAAAUGAGGACGACAGUGAGAAGGUAGCGGGAUUCCUGGAGGACGCCAUCGGCCGACACCGGGUCAGAGCCCUGGCUUCCGGGAGCACACAGUGAGGAGGGGUCAUGACAGCGGCUGGCCCAGACAGAAGGGCCCGGGCGUUGACCACACAGAUCAAAGAAAGGGAGAGAGCAGAGCCAGUAACUGAGAGAGCGCUGGGAGCUGACCCAGCUGGGGAUAAAAAGGGGACAAAUACAGAAAGGAUGCUGGGCCUUGACAGUCCGUUAAUAAUCCCAGAAAAGGAGGAAACGCCAGCACUGAGAAAGGAACCGAAGGCACCUCUGAUUGGAGGUCCAGAUGCUGUGUUCAGCAAUCCCACAAAGCAGUGGAAGAUUGACAAACUCCCUGCCUAAAAGGGCUAUCAUGCCUUAAGAUAUCUUGACAGCUUAGUUUUUUUUUCCGUAAUGCCACUAUUCAGAAUGGAUAUGUUUUACUUACAAAUGCAGCAGCUAUGUUUUCAGGGCGGACCUUUUAUUGCUCGUAAGCCUCGUUUUGACUCCAGUGUCCACUUUAAUUGGUGAUUGUUUGCUUUUGAAUUGUAAACAAACUAAUUUACUAAAAAACUCUCUCCCUCCCAAAGCAGAACCUUCAGUCCAUCACCAUUUUAGGAAUUUAAUAUUCCGUCCAACAUGCACUGUUGACACUCAUUCAUUUGACUUAUUUAUUUCUGUUUAACUGUGAACAAUAGAAGCUUUGCACACACCUCUUUUUGUUUUGUUUGUAUUUACUUUUUAUGACCUAAGUCAUAAAAGUCAAACACACUCUAUCACUGCACUCUUUGGUUAAAAGCCUCUUUCCCCAGAGCUAAACAUGCCAUGCCUAAAUGUAGUGACGAGCAAUGAGAUGAUGCCUGUCUUUUAGCCUGUAGCGCUCUUAAGGGUCAAAGCCAAAGACUUGCAAAGUGCCUGAUAUGGCAAAUUACUUACGGACAAAUUUCCUAAUGAAACGGCAUCGUACCCAACUUACCUAACUUUGGAAUUUAACUUAUUCCGGCUGAUUUUUACACAUAUAAAACCAGAUGCAUUUAUUCAGACUAGUUCCUAUUUUUUAGUCUACGUAGUCAGCCUUUGUGUGAAGAUGAACUUGACAGCCAGUAAUGGCAUCUCCAUUAAAAGAGCUUCACCCUCUUUAUAUUGGACAUAUGGAUCAGGCAAUAAUGCUCCCUGCUGCGGUCGAUAUUAGUUUGGAAAGAGCUGCAGCUCGUGUACAAAAAAUAAAUCAUGUGAAGCUUGUGAAGUGAAAUCAUAGUCCUAUAUAAAUGGGAGGAAGGAUGUUGGUGGCUUAAGACUUGUUAUUCAAAAUUAUUAUUGCCAUAUUGUUGGUAAAUAUCACUAUUUUCCGUACUUCCCAAACCAUCUGAGGAUAUUUUCUAACAGUGAGUUUGUUUUUGUAAAUGUGUGGUGUAUUUAAAGGAAAAAUCUACCCAAAAAUCUUAAAGAAUGUAGCAUUUUGCAAUCAAUAAUAGUGCUAUCCUUUCUGAUAGAAGAGUGGAGUGUUUUUGCGUUGAAUGUCUUCAUGACCGAGUAUCAAAUCCACUUUAUUUAAUACAAUAUCAGCGUGAACUUUGGAAUUGAAAUGAUACACUGCUGCCCACACAAACACAAAAAUAGAUUCCGUGCUGCCAGAUUUUCUUGUCAAGAACCCAAUCUUGGCACCGUAAAAGACUUUGGGUGGAUUUUUCCCUUAACAAAACUGGACAGCAGAAAACAAUAGUGAAUUGUCUGAUUGGUCUUCAGCAGUAUACUUUGUGUGUACUCUAGUUUGUCAGACUCACUUAGCUCUGCUUCGUUUGUUCCCCGGGGUUUGUGAGGUCGCCAUUUCAUAACAGUUACACUGCUGUACAGUCAUUGCUUACAGAACCUACUUACUCUACUCUGUGUCAAGCUUUCUUAUCAGUGUGUGUCUCUGAAGACAGGAGUCCCAGACAUUCACCUACCAGAGGCUGUGGUGUACAUAUUUGUUUGUGGCUAUUAAAGGGGGUUUACUUUUAGACAAAAUUUCAAUGCAAAGCAGUGCCACGAUUGCUCUCAUCUGAUCUAAUAAAGCUGCAUGUCUUAAUAGCCUGCGACCAUUCAAACUUUGCAUUUUGCCUUCGUCAGUCACAGGGGACCUGACCAAGUAAAUGAAUGUUUAGACUGUGCAAACAUGAAAGCAAAACAUCCAUAUCAGUCUUAUUUUAUGUCAAAUGACUUUUCUUCCCGUGAAUCUGUUGAAUGAAACUUGCCUUUGGAUGUGUUCUACUUAAAAACCUUUGUUAAAUAUUGUAGCUACUGCAAUUAAAUACAUGACAAUAAACAAUGUGUGACAUGUUG